AUGCUCGGCCUCUCCGCAUUUUAUGCCGUGGCUCCUACUUCUCACGCACCCACUGUAUACUUAAAUCCAGAGGAAGUAAAGACCAUUGCUCUUACUCCCAUCCAUCCCUAUAUGGUGUGUCUUCUUGAACAAAGUUGGCUAGUGUGGAUCCGCCGUUCUUUCCAAAACCAUUUCUUCGCAAUUAACUCGUCUGCCAAAUCCUUCUCUGUCCGCGUCUACUACGGACUCAACGAGGAUGAAUUGCGUCAUCGAGCACCAUGGUUACAUUCUCCCGUGGACUCGGAGAUUUCCGAUCUUUCCACUUUUACAGCAUUUGCCGGUGACUCCGGCCCUCCUGACUACUCCGAAAUUCGUUCCAACAGUCACGUUCCACUACCUGGGCCAUAUUCGCAUUGUGUUGCCCUGUUGCCUGUGCGAAGUCAAGGUCAGCACCACUCCGUCUUUGAAAUUGCCUUCACCUCCACCUUGAAUUUCGGGCGUAUCCUCCGACUCCUUCUUGGUCUCGCAAUCUACUUUUGUGCGCCAUGUUUGUGCGGGAAUAUUCUUUUCUACUACUGCUCCGGUGUCAGUAUAUCUAUUCUUGCAAGUUUCCUCAUCCUGCUGUUUCUGGUCGUCCGACUGUUGCCGAAGCGUUCAAGCCUCGUACUUCAGGGUCUGGUUGUUUUCGGUGGCGGCGCCAUGAGCAUGCUCCUGUUCUGCCUGGAUCAUCUACGCGUCGCAGUUGCCAAUUUCAUUUCCUCCAAUUUGCCCCUCUUUGUUGCCUAUGCCCUGUGUGUGGCGCUGUUCAGCACUGCAAUCUUGUAUUGGUUUAGUUUGCCGGAGAGCCUUUUAGAGCGUUUUCCUCGCACUCAAAACCUUCUUAACCUUUCUUUGCGUGCUGUGGGUGUUGCGCUCAUAACCUCUGCUCCUCAACUGCCAGAGGAGUUCCACCGCGUGCGGCAACUGCUGCAACAGGGCAACCGCCUG